AUGGUAGUGGAAGAUCGCAGAGGAGAAACUGUCCAUGGCACGACAGCAGGCCAUGCUCUGGACACCCCAUACCUCCCACAGGAGAUGACUCCAGAACUCUCAAAAAAUAUCAAUAUUUCAUUCUUCAGUGGGGCAUUUAAGAAUGCAGCAAGUGUGGCUGAACUAUUUGACUGCCUGGGACCCCACUUCAGCUGGCUGCAGGCUGUCUUCACCAACUUCCCUCUGCUGCUCCAAUUUGUGAACGGCAUGCAGUGUGUGGCUGGUCUUUGCCCCCGGGACUUAGAGGACUAUGGCUGUGCCUGCAGGUUUGAAAUGGAAGGGCAGCCGAUGGAUGAAUCUGACAGCUGCUGCUUCCAGCACCGCAAGUGCUAUGAGGAGGCCGCCGAGAGGGACUGUCUCCAAGACCCCGCCAAGCUCAGCGCAGACGUUGACUGCGUCAGCAAGAAGAUCACAUGCACAUCCACGGACCCGUGUGAGCACCUGCUGUGUACCUGCGACAAGGCUGCCAUACAGUGCUUGGCUCAGUCCAGCAUCAACUUCUCCCUGAAUCUCUUGGACCCCUCCCUCUGCCUGGCUCAGACUCCAGAGACAACCAGUCAAAAAGGGAGGGUGACACUGCUGCCUGGAGUGGUUCCUGCAGAACCCACAGAGGCCAGCCUAACCGUGCACUCAGGAGAAGUGGCUGUUGAGAGCAGAGCUGAGAAGACGACCACUCUCGCGAGGACAAGACCUAGACAGGAUCUGGAAGGAAUGGACACUGUUAGGGCCACAACCCCUCCAGGUUCUGCAGAGAUUGUUGCCACGGCUAAGGCUGUAACUGUUGUCCCCACUGGCAGUAAGUCUUCAGGGCUGGCAGUGCCAUCCAUGGAAAGCAGUCCUGGGGAAACAACUGGCAGAGCCUGUGACAGAUUCACCUUUCUGCACGUGGGCAGUGAGGAGGACACCCAGGUGAUGGCGCAGCUUGGAGAGAUGCUCUUCUGCCUGACGUCCUCGUGCCCAGAGCAGUUUGAAGCUUAUGGCUGUUACUGCGGGCGAGAAGGAAGAGGCGAGCCAAAGGACACCCUGGACAGGUGCUGUCUGUCUCAUCACUGCUGCCUGGACCAGGUGAGAAGGCUGGGCUGCCUGCCAGAGAGACGCGCUCAGUCUGCAGUGCUGUGUGUGGACCGCACACCCAAGUGUGUGGGGCAGAGCCUGUGUGAGAAGCUGCUCUGCGCCUGUGACCAGACCGCGGCCGAGUGCAUCGCCUCCGCCUCCUUUAACCAAAGUCUGAAGUCGCUGGAUGGACAUGAGUGUCAGGGCGCGCAGAAGCUGUGUGAAGACAGCAUGCUGGGUGGGCGCUCAGCCUCGCCUGUGGGCUCCAGCUCAGAGGAGAACAGUGAGGAGGCCACGCCUCCCACAGAAGGCCUCAGAAGGAACCGAGUUCUGAGACAGUCACUUGGUCCCCCAGUGGCCAGGCCACCCCGUGGAAGUUAG